AAAAAAUUAAAAUAAUUAAACCUUUAAAAUGUUGCCAACAAAUGUUAUGACGUUUAUGAAGAAGAUGGUGGCAACCGAUGAGACGCCAUCCACACAGAAUGCACCUGACAGUGGAGGGACUUUUGGUAAACUAAAACAAACGCUUUCGUCAUCACUACUCACUGCACAGGAUCGAGUGAAUAAAAUGUCGCCGCGUCCUUCCUUGGUGCCCACAGAUGGCGAUGGCAGCUAUGGUGGUUAUCAACAAAUGCAACAGCAGGAUGCAACAGCUAAUCAAAAUAACAAUAAUAACAAUAACACAACAAGUGGUAGUGCGAAUUCAUCCAAAACGGAACCGGGACGACGUGCUGGGGCGUGCAGAGUCUGUUUGAAGUCUUUCAAACCGGAUGACUAUCACAAAACAUGCUUUGAAUGUCAGCAACGCGUUUGCGAGGACUGUGCCAGUUACAGUAAACUUGAGGAGAAUGAGGAUGCGAAUAUGUGGCGCUGCAGUGUUUGCCGACGGAAAAUGGCCUCACGUGUUUGCAUACCGCAAGACUCCACAGAUUCUAUGCUAGACGUACCUGUGUUAGAGGCUUUACAACGACGUCAUUCAGAUGCAAAAUUAGGUUCCAGUACGCAAACAUUAGCACCGGCAAAUGGUGCAGCUUUAGCACCUCCACGUAGUCCAGAAUUAAGGAGACACUCGGAUGUAUCGCCUGCCUCACUAAAAGAAUUGGAAAAGCAGUUAAAGGGUAACAAAACGCCGGGCGGUGAUGGUGACUGGCGUGGCGGUGGACGUAGCAUGGCACCAAGUCGUUCGUCAAGUCCACCACGUCAAGGUGAAGAGCCUGCAUUUGGACCACCAUUGUCACGUAUUGCAUCGAGACGUGGCUCACGUGUAGCACGACAGCAUAGCUAUGAUGAUGAUAUGAAAACUGGUGGUGGAGCAACUGGAACAGGUGGCAUUGGUGCUGGGGGCUUGGGUGUUGGUGGUGAUGCUGGUUUAGGUAUACCCGCUAUGCCAAGAAGAAAAUCUGCUUAUGAUGUGUUUGCGCCUGGCUUGAUACAAGCAGUUGCAGCCGGUGCACAAUUGCAACGCUCACCAGGUGAUGGCAUGGCACCACAAAUAGCUUUACCUGGUUCACGUAGACCCAGUUUUAGGGUGCCACAUCCAUCUGAGGAUUUACAAAAUGAUGAGUCACCUAGUCCUGAUAAAGGUAGUCCUGUAUUAACUGUGGACGAUGACAGACGUAUGCGGCGACGUGGUUCACAACUACCUGACAUAACUGCUCUUCGUGAUCGUGGUGCUCUUCCAGCCACAAUACCUGCUGCUAUACCGCCACCAGUUGCUGCUUUUACAGGUCCCAACUUAGAGGAUUUAGAAGCACCACGUCGUCAAACAUCAAUGGAUGGUGAAGCUAUUAAAAUUGUUAUACACGAUGUUGAUUCGGGACCGAUUUGUUCAUCAAAAAGACGUAUUGUAUUGCGUAGAGAUCCUUCUGAUAAAGCACACCGCA